AUAGCAAACUGCAGCUUGUCCAGAGAUGAUCGAAGUAGAUGAGAGAAGAAGAGUCGUGAUGGCAAUGUAGACUCCUACAGUAACAGCAGCAUCAUGGCCACCGCAUGCGACGGACGAGGCUCAACGGGCAAUGCGAUCCACGGAUUCCUUGCGCCCCCACAACGACAACGCGUGGAUGCGCCGAUCACACCAACGUCGCGCUAACGUCGAGCGAGGGAAACGCUAGCAUCGACUGUUGAUUGGUCGCUUGGACUGCCUCCUGCUUCACCUUACCACCUGGCUCAUUAUGAAUGGCGGCAGCAAUGGAGAGCACAUCAGCGUACGUGAAGCAUCCACGGUCGAUGACAUCCGCAAUGCUCUCGCGGAGCUCAGUGCUAGGGAAGCCACCGUGACAGCCCGGUUGGACAAUCUCCUCGCCACGCAAAAAGACCUCACCCGUCACUUAUCCAGACUCGACUUGGCGCGGGCCCAUCUGGGUUCUCAGGUGCUCGCUGCGAGGCAAAUCAGCCAUGCUGCCCUUUCGCCAGCCGCUAGCACCGCAUCCCGCAUCACCGUGGCGGUCAAGAAUUUGGACCGCGAGCAGGCCGCGGUGAGGGCAACGCUCGAAGUCGUCGAACAAGUUGCCGAGCUCAAAGCAUGCGUGCUCGGCGUCCACGGGUCAAUGGGCGCGCCUCAAGACUGGGAGACUGCGGCUUCCUACCUUCAUCGCGCUUCGCAAAUCCCGGAUGCAGUCAUCGACGGUGCCUUCGCCGAGGACGUCGUACCUACCGCUGAAGUGCCGGAUCCACCCCGACAGACGCUCGAUGCCGCCGCCGAGAGCUUGUGCGGCCUCUUCCUGCGUGAGUUCGAGAAGGCCGCCAAGGAGGGUGAUGGGGCGAGAGUGACCAGAUUUUUCAAGCUCUUUCCGCUUAUAGGACGCCGAGACGUAGGCCUGGACGCUUAUGGUCGCUACGUUUGCACAGGCAUUGCGGCGAGAGCGAGAAGCAGCAUGAACACGAGUCAACGCCGAGAGGGCUUGUUCUACGCCAAUGCACUGACGAAGCUCUUCGAGCACAUCGCGCAGAUUGUCGACGGACACGAGCCGCUUGUCGAGCGGCACUACGGCGCCGGCAGCAUGACAAAGGUCAUCGAGCGCAUUCAAGUAGAGGCUGACGUGCAAGGCGGCAUAAUCCUCGACACUUGGGCCGAGGAGAGGAGGAUCAGCCGCAAGUUGACCGAUGUCCGAAGCUACCCAUUCAACUUCCUCGUGCAGUCAUUUUUGCCUGCUCAGAAGCCGACUAUCGGCUCGUCACCGAGGACAGGGUCACCCGCACCGGGCUCAGGGCGUGCGAGCGAAGACGAGGGUGUAGACAUGAAGGAGGUCGACGCGUUGCUCGGCGAAAGCGCAGUCAUGCUCGGCCGGUGGUCACUCUACAUCCGCUUUCUCGCCACCAAGACCGCAGCGGAGAGCGAAGACGGCGAAGACGUCAAGCUGACAAUCCCGUCUUUCCUGACACACAGCACUCUUCAAAGAAAGGUGGCAGACCUCCUAAUCGAUCCGUUUAACACGAUGGCGACCUUCUUCUUCCGUCGCAGCGUGGAAAAGUCCUUCCAGCUUGAUGAGUGGCCGUCAGACCUCACGCUAAACCCUAGCAAGGCCCUUGGUGCCAGCCCGCCAUUCGUGACCAGCGCGGUCGAUGACGUUAUGUACAUUGUCAACCAAGUCCUGCAGCGUGCGAUAUCCACAAACCAACGAGCUGUGGUGUCGAGCGUGGUGCCUACCGUUGGUAGAGUGCUUGGGAGUGACUUCUUUGGCAUGAUCCAACGCAGGAUGAGGGAUGAGAGCUACCCAAAGGCCGCCAUACAGGGCGCUCUACCACCGGAGACGGUAAUCAUCCAGUUUCUUGUGCUCAUCAACAACCUUGAUGUCUCCACGGAAUAUGUCAAGCGCAUUGUUCGGACGUGUGUUGGCGGUCAGCAACCCGCGCAAGCAGCCCACGCAGACGGCACGAACGCUCUUCGAGAAGCAUUCCCGUUUGGCAACGAGUCCGUCGCUGUUGAAAGAUUGCUCCACAAUAUGGAAGCCGGCUAUGCGAGCAAAACUUCAGAGCUUAUCAAUGAAGCGACGGAGGUCAUGCUCAAGCAAGUCAUGCGACCCCGACUACGACCCGUCCUCAUCGAGACUUUCCGCGAUGUCGAGUACGGACCCUCAGUCGACGAUGACCAGGAGGAGGCCGCCCAAGAGCCGGCGGAAGGUGCCGUUGCGCAGCGCUUCGAGCGAGGCUGGCAAGCCUUCACUCUCCCCGUCAAGCGCAUCCUGACCGCUAGCACAUACGACAGGCUCCUGACAGCGACCGUGCAUUACCUUGCGCGAACGCUGGAGAAGCGGAUCUGGUCCUACUACGGCCGCGUCAACGAGCUCGGCGCUGUCCGCCUGGAGCGAGACGUUGCGGGGAUUGUGGCCGCAGCGGUCAGGGGGGGUCGGUAUGAGUUGCGCGAUGCCUUUGCGAGGUGCGUGCAGAUGACGCUGAUCAUGAACAUGGAGGAUGAUGAGUGGGAGGAGGUGAGUAAGAUGGAUGGGGCGAAGUUGGAGCGUGAGAGUGGUGUGAAGUGGAUGCUUGACGCGGAUGAGAGGAAGAGGGUCAGAGCUAUUGUUAAAGAUCGUGCGUAGUGGGCGUGAGGGCGUUGAAAGUUCCCAGCACGGGCGCAUGUGGCCUCUUCAUAUCGUUUGCAAUGACAGCAAUCGUGUCGCCGUAGUCGUCAGUUCACGCUUCCGCGGCGUACCCAUAAAGCGUCUUCGUACUCCGGCUCAGCGCUCGCCACAUCGCUGCCACAUUCUCGACCCGGAGUACGGGCCCACCAGGUAAGGAGGACCGACUCCCGGGCGAACGUCAUGAAGAUCAUGAUCAGCUUGUUCGCCGUCAACCGCGCGCAUGCCGGUGCCCGGUUGGAGCACGGUCUUCUUUGGUUCGGUGGGCAGGGUGAGGUCAACGGUAGGCCUGAUGAGAGUCAUCCAUACGCCAGAGUCUGGAAGCUGCGUGAGGUCGAGAUGGUACUCGCG